AAUACCCGGAGCAAAAAUGUAGUGUGCACUAAAUGGCUCAUUGUCAUCAUGAGUACUGAAACACCAUAAUGCUAGAUUUAUGGUUUCUACAUACUUUUGAUUCCCUUGCAUUUUCAUUGGAAUUCUCCAUGUAUUGUGUUAUAAUGUCAGAAACUUUUUCUGGCAUUUCACUCUAAGGUAUCUAGUCUGAUCUGACGUUAUUGAGUAACAGGAACAUGCUCUGACCAGUCGGACAAAUAUCUUCACAAAAAAAAAAAAAAGUAAGUAUAGCAAAUAUUUUUCCUUCUAUUCUCUUAUAGCUUUCUUUCACUUCCAGGACUUGAAUCAUUUUGCUCUGUUUUGGGGGUUAGAUGCCUAGAAAAAGCAGGCAAAGGUCUCCUACACUCGUAUAAGUAAGUUUAAAUUCAACAAUUAUAUACAAUAUUGGCUUCCCAGUUUGUGAUCUAUGAUUGUUGAUAAAUGGCUCCAGUCCUGAUAAUUUUGCACCUUCACAUUGUCAACAACAACAAGAGACGAACAUGCAUUUAGAAACAAAACACAAUAGAACAACUUUAAUAAAAACAUUGUCAAUGGCUCAUUCAUUUCUAUUUUCUCUUUCCUCUCCGAAAUUCUGGGAGCUUUUCCAAUGGCGAUUUUUCAUGUGAAUUCUCAGCCUUCUUCUCGUAUCAAUCCUUCGUGAUUGAUUCAGUUCAAGAGUGGUAAUUCUUUUCCUGUAUUUCUUUUAUUUCAUCUCUUUUCAAAUGACUUUCUCAUCAACAGUUAUUCUGAAAUCCAAAUCCUUUGAGUUAUCAAGGAACAUCAAAGGUAAAACAAAGGAUCUGAAGGUAUUGGAGAGAUAUAAGGGUAACAGUAAUUGGAUUUUUAUCCCUUAUGAUGCUGUCAAUUGGAUUAGUCCUACUACAAAGGAAUUAGCGAAGACUACAGCAAAUCAAAACUGGUCACGCAGAUUUCAUCAGGUUUUGAUUCUUGUUGAAAUGCUUUCAAACAAGUUUGGGAGCUAUUUGAAAAUCACAAGAACUGCUGCGGAUUCAAAGCAAAGAUUUAUUUGUAUCCCUAAAGGCAAUGAUUAUUUUAUUUGUCUUUCUUUUUGGGCGUAUGUUUCUACAUCAGAUAUUUUAUCAUUGAACAAUUUUAAUUCAACACAAGAGGUUUCGAUGCCUGCAAAAGUGCAAGUUCCUCAAGCUGUUGUUUCUUCUACGAAGAAUGAUUAUUGUGCUUUAGGUAUUUCUGUGACGUUACUUAAUUCGCAUAUUUGUUGGAAUAAGAUUGGAUUACUGUUGGUCUUUCUAAACAUUUUGGAUGGUAGGAUGUCUUCAUGUGAAUUCAAAUACGAAUUCGCCCUGCCCAAGACCAAUACCACUUAGUACCGGAUCAAUAUAUGGGCUGGAUGGGGGGAAGCCAGAGCUGUUGAUAAUUCAAUCCCCAAUGCUUCUCAGGAUUUUGAAAUUCAUAAUAUGGUAGACUUUCAUGUCUCUUUCAAUAAGCAACUGAGGAUUAAUUAUGAUAACCGAAUUUCAAGAUCGAUUUAUAAAGAUCUUCUGUUGCGGUUAAAACAACCAUAAGAAGCUAACGAAGAUCUCGAUGGAUUGGGGGGGGGGAGGUGAUUUGAUUCAGAUGAAGAUUUGAAUAUUGAAGCUGAAGGAAUUUCCAAAUCUUCAGCUGCAGUGGGGACUACUAAGGUAUGUAAUGGAUAUUAAGAGUAUGACUUGGAACGUUAGGGGUCUUCACGAUGAUCCAAAGAUUCAAUCAGUCGGAAAUGGUAUCAGGAAGAAGAAAGUUUCUCUAUGUGCUAUCCAAGAAUCGAAAAUGGAGUGUGUCACUGAUUCGUUAGUGCAUUCAUUAUGGGUAGUAACAAAUGUGAAUAUGCUUUUCUUCCUUCGAAUGAAAGAUAUGGAGGCAUAAUUGUUCUAUGCAAUGGUGGGGAUUUAAUCAUGGAGAAAUCUUUAUUGGGUGUUUUUUCUCUAACUAUUAGAUUCUGAAAUGUCAAAGAUGGUUUUGUUUGGCUUUGCACAUCUGUUUAUGGUGCUUCUGAUCCUUCAGAUUUUGCUCAAUUUCGGCAACACAUUGCUGAUAUUAGAACUAUUAUGCAUGAGCCUUGGUGCAUAGAUGGAGACUAAAAUGCAAUUUUCACUCACUCAGAGAGAAAUAGAGAUGGAGGCAGAUUAAUUAAUAGAAGAAAGUUCAGGAAUUUUUUUAGAUACACAAAAUUUUAUAGAUCUGCCAAUGGCUGGAGGCAUAUUUACAUGGUCUAAUCUUCAAAAUCCUCCUAUUAUUUCAUGAUUAGAUAGGUUUGUUGUAUCUCCAGAUUGGGAAGCUAAAUGUCCUGCACUACUUCAGCCAAGAUUGGAGGUCAAGGUGCCGUUAACAUCCAAGGCGAAGACCAGAAGAAGCUCGAAGUUAUCUCCAAUGAGGUGUUCUCAAGCUGCUUGAGAUCAAGUGGAAGAACAGGGAUUAUAGCUUCAGAGGAAGAAGAUGUACCUGUUGCAGUGGAAGAGAGUUACUCUGGGAACUACAUUGUCGUAGUUGAUCCCCUAGACGGCUCAUCCAACAUCGACGCUGCUGUAUCAACUGGAUCCAUCUUUGGUAUCUACCAUCCUAACGACGAAUGUCUUGCUGAUUUUGGAGAUGAUGUAUCCGCUUUGGACCAAGAGAAGCAAAAGUGCAUAGUGAGCGUAUGCCAACCAGGGACCAACCUGUUGGCCGCAGAAUACUGCAUGUACUCGAUCUCCGUGAUUUUUUUGUUGUCCGUCGGGAAAGGUGUCUACUCCUUCACGUUGGAUUCCAUGUAUGGUGAGUUUGUGUUGACUCAAGAGAAAGUGCAGAUCCCCAAAUCAAGAAAGAUCUACUCUUUCAACGAAGGCAACUACCAAAUGUGGGACGACAAGCUGAAGAAGUACAUUGAUGAUCUCAAAAUCCCGGAUCCAAAGCCAUAUUCAAUGAGAUAGCAAGAAAGGUCAACUCCAAGAUAAAAUCAAACAACAGUAGAUAGGAAAAUGUAAUAAAAUCUAUAAAGUAAGCAAUCAACACUCAAUAGUAGGGACUAUAUACCCUGGUAACAUAGAACUGCACCAUUCUCAUAAGAGCAAAUAAUUCGCUAUCGAUUAGCCUAAACUAGUAAGAUUUAUUAUAUGGAAGCAGUUUCCCCA